UGUCUGGCUUGAGCCUCUGACGCAGUGGAUGGAGGGCGGGCCAAGACUCAGCGUUAGCUCCAAUUUUGCCGACGUCGACCGCGCGCGCGCAUGGUUUGUCCGUACAUAAUAAACCAUCAGAACUAUACCACAUCGCAUCGACCGGAAUCUGCCCCGACGCGCCGGCCUCGUGUACAAUCAUCAGAUAUUAAUUGUUUAUCAUUAAUUGGGGAGUGGGCGCUGCCUGUACGAAAGCAUCAUGUUGGUCGACCGACGAAUCAAAAUUGUCGUGGAACAGAAUGUCAUAGACAAACCCUCGCCCGUUGAGGAGUUUCCCAUGCGGAAAUGGAGCAUGAAGAUAUACCUCCUCGACGAAGAGGGGCAAGAGCACACGGCGGACGUGUUCACCAAGGUGACCUACAACCUCCACCCGAGUUUCGAGGAUCCGACGCAGACCUUCCAUACGCCACCAUUUACUUGCAGCAACGAGGGCUGGGGCGAAUUCGAGCUAGGGAUCGACCUGUACACGACCGAGAAGACUAAGAUCACCCCGACUAUCAUUCAGGAUCUCAACUUUGCGCAGAACAAGUACGAGGCAAUCCACCCCAUUGUUAUCAAGAACCCGAGUCAGGCAUUGCAGGAGAAGCUGCGCGAGACGGGGCCAUUGCCGACCGACGAAGGGCGCAAGAAGGGCGUCGCUGGUGCCAUCAACGGGGCCUCCGGCAAGAAGGCUUCGCAAAAGUACGACUACGAGAAGAUUGCAGAUGCGUUGCAGAAGCUGGAAGAGGAGGACCUCCUACGAGUGAUACAGAUGAUCAACGAGAACAAGGGCCCGGACACCUACAUUCGGAGCGACGUCGAUGGUAAGCACACAAUCUCUACUUUUCUUUGUUCAAGUCAUCGUGUGUUGAUGGAGUGGGCUAAUAGUGGAUGACUUGCUUAAAGCUGGCGAAUUCUCGAUCGAUCUUUACACGAUGCCCGAGUCCCUGACAUCCAAGCUCUGGGAGUUCUUUGUAAGUCGCUGUAUGUGCCAGAGAUUCCGGACACUACUGACAGGCAUAGUCAAAGAAGGGGCUGAUUGGGUC